AUGUAUCCUGACCCGGUGCUGGUCCCAAUAGAGACCACACUGCAUGUCCAAGAUAAACCGCCAGUCACCGACGCGGAAUGGGAGGAAGCGCUCAAGCUCUACGGUGUCGACAGGCACUCUGAGACCGAGGUACCGCCGCCAGGACCCCCUUUGGCAUCGUCAUCGUCGUCAGCUGAGCCAACGAACACACCGGGUGCAGCGGCCCCUUCCCCCGUCGUCGUCGGCGCCGAGCCGACACCGUCGCCCCAAGCUCCAGCACCCCCCGUGCAAGGGCGUGAAUGGGGCGCCGAGUCGAGCAGCGGGCGACAGCGCGUCAACCGGCACUUUGUCGGUUCCAACGCCGAAGUCCAUGUGCUCGCCGAAGCCAAGACGAAAGACGACGAGGUCCCAUCACCCAACCCGUCCCCGGCCAUCUCGCCAAACCUAGGCAGUGUCGAUGACCCGUCGUCGCCCACCUACUCGUCGCCUGAUCUCGGCACACCACGUCCCGGCGUGCUCUGGCCGCCGCCCCGCCAGCCAGACAGCUUCGCCGUGGUCGGAGACGGCGGGCCGAGUCCGCCGCCCUUUGCGGAAGGCUCGUUCCGCCGCGAUCCCAUCAAGCCCCGGCCAGGCUGGCCGGGCCUCACGGGCGACGUGCCCUAUCUCACCCCGCAGUCCCAGCACGCGAGCACGUUUGGUGCGGUCAACGUCGCGGACGGCGCGGACGGCCUGCCGCGCCUGGUCAAGCCGACCGAGGACCAAGGCCACCUCAGCCGCGAGGCCGAGCGGCGCCGCCUGCGCCAUGUUUACGAGACGGAGGGGUGGCUGCCAGCACCCAACCCGAGCCAGAGUACGCGUGUGAGCCGGUCGGCGGCCUUGCGCCGUCUCGGCCUCAACGGCCUCAACGCAGCCGACGACCAGGACAGCGAGCGCCACGCCGUGAUGAUGAAGUAUACCGAGCUGCUGCAGAUGUUCUUCGGCAGCUACCUCGCUGGCAUUGCCAUCCUGUACGGCGACGUGGAGAUUGUCUACCUCGUGUCGUCGGCACGCAGGAGCUUUCAGUUCUCCACGGCCGAGUCGUUCUCGGGCCACGUCGUGCUCCAGAACGAGUGGAAGUGCUUCGUCGUGCCUGACAUGGACAAGGACUGGCGCUUUGCCAACAACCCCCAGAGACAAGGCCGCGGUCCGCGCAAGUUUCUCGCUGCCGCACCGCUUCGCUACCACCCGCCCAACGGCGGGCAUGUCGACUUUGGCUGCCUGUGUCUCGUGGACAAGGACGCCCGCUACGAGUUUAGCGAGCGCGAGCAGGCCAUGAUGCUGCGGCUGUCCAACAUGCUCGUGUUCCAGCUCGCCACGCUCCAGUCGGAGAUCAUGGCCAAGCGCACGAGCGGCAUGUAUGAGUCGAGCAUCAACUUUCUGCGCCGCUCGUUCAUCCCCGAGCACCUCAAGGAGACCCAGCCCCAGACCCAGACCCAGACGACCCAGGCCCAGGCCAAAGCGGUGGUGGCAAAGGACAAGGAGAAAAAGGCGUCAGCAGCAGAAAAGAAACGGUCUGCCCACCCGCACAACCAUCACCGCCACCGCCGUGGUCCGAGCCUGCUCUCGUCACCACGAACGUCACGCACACCGUCCUACAGUCCAGCGCAGACAGCGACACCUCCCACGCCCGGUGCGGCAGUCCGCGCGACCAAGACGGGGCCAAAGGACACGAAGCGCGCCAAGCGCAAAGACCUUGCGGCCGCGGGCACGCUCUUCAGCGACGCGGCAGACACAUUGCGCGGUAUCCUCCAAGCGGACGCAGUGUGCAUGGUGGACCUGCACGAGUUCCAGCUCUUCAUCCGCAAGGCCAACACACGCGACAAUGCGCGGCAGCCGAGCAGGUCCAAAGAGUCGAUCGUGGGCGAUUUCCUCCAGGGUAAAGAGUGGCCCGCAAGCGUCGAGCCCGUCCUCAACUAUGUGCCCAGCAGCUCCCAUUCGGGUGUCGCGCUCCUCGGCCAGAGCUGUACCAGUGGCUUCGAGUUCAACUUUGACGACCCAAGUGCGCCCUCUGUGCUCCCUCAGUUUAUCAAGCGGUACCUCUCCAAGCGCCAGUUCUGGUGGGACCGCGACGACCCCGACGACGAGCUCGCCAAGCAGCUCAUGGUCUUUCUGCCCGACAGGUGCCAGACCGUACUUGUCACCGUGUUUAUGACGUUCACGGGUACGCUCAAGUAUGCGACGUUUGCCGUGUGGUCCAAGCCGCCGUCGGCGUUUGACGACAGCAGCCGCCUCGCGCUGCCAUUUGUGUGGAUCAUUGGCGCCGCACUCGUAUCGUCCGUGGCCUUGAUCCGCGUUCGCAUGAUGGAGGAGAGCCAGAUCACCUACUCGAACCUCCAGGCCCACGAGCUGCGAACCCCGCUCCACCAGAUCCUGGCCAUCACCCAGCUCCUCCGCUCGAGCAUGUCCGACCUAGCCGAACAGCCCGAGGGCACCUCGGCCAGCCCGCGCUGCACCACAACCACGCUGCAGCAGGUCCGCGACCUCCUCCCGUUCCUCGACGCCAUCGACACGUCGGGAAAGACCCUCCACGGCAUCGUGGACAAUAUCCUCACGUUCCUCGACCUGUCGGCCAGAGACAACCGGUACGAAAGUGCCCACACCGCCCACCCGGGGCUCAUGAUGAGUCCCGCCGGCGCGCCGCAGACCCUCGGCGCCAUGCUCGAAGAGCUCAUCCACGACGCCAACGAAGAGGACCGUCGUGGCCGCAUCGGAUCGGGCCAGGCCCUCGGCCGCAUCGAGACCGUGUUUGAGAUCAUCCCGCGCGAGCUCGGCGACGCCGUCACGGAGGAUGUGGGCGGUGCGCUGCGCCGUGCGCUGUCACGCGUCAUCCACAACGCGUACCGCUACAUCGAGAGCCAGGGCUGCGUGGAGAUUUACAUCGACGACGUAAAGUGCAUGCUCCCGCCAGAAGGGUGUGAGGAUCUCGGCGCGACACGUAAAGUCUCCAUCAAGGUGGUCGACAAUGGCCGUGGCAUGAGCGUUGACUUUGUGCGCGACAAACUGGGCGAGCCGUGGGCCAAGGAGGACCUGUACGCCACGGGCUCGGGACUCAGUGUCCACCUCGCGUACCGUAUUGUCGACCUCAUGAACGGUCACAUGGAAAUCACCUCGGCACCGGGGACAGGCUGUACCGUCACCAUUGAAGUGCCCCUCCCCGUUACGCGUGGGUGGCACGCCCCCUCGCCCGUGCUCCCCGCCGAGCCCAAACGCAAAGUCGCGUUCAUCGGGUUCGACCCAGACGUCGACCCGGCGUUCCACCUCGACCGCCUCCGGGCGUCCUUGGAGCGGCAGUACGCAAAAAUCGGGUGCGAGAUUGUACCUGUUGACGAAGCUGAUCUCGUCAUCGCCGACGGGUCGCUCGAGGACACGCCCUCGGGUCUUGGCCAGCUCGCGCGUCUCACGGCCCCCGAAGUGGUCAUUCUCGCUGGUGUCGACGACGAAGCCUUGCCUCCCGCAGCGGAAAUGUCCAGCCCCGAACGCCGGAUUCGCCGCCUCCUCAAACCCGUCACGCCGGCCCUCAUCCGCGACACGCUUGCGCGCACCCCCGUCGCCAGCACGCCUACGGACGCGACGCCCAACCCGGCCGAGCCCCGCCUCCGAGCCCAUUUCGCCGACGUGGACACCACCGAGCCCCACACGCCCGGCUCGAGUAACAGCAACAGCGGCCCGGCCAUGGCGUGGAAGCCGCGCGGCGUGUGUGUGGAAGAGGCCGUGGCAUCCCUGUGUCUCGGCGACUACUUUAGCAGCCGGAACCGUCUGUCUCGCGCCAGCUCCAACGGGUCGAGCGGCAUGGCGUCGGGUCCGCUCUUGGACACGACAUCGUCCAUCGAGUCGCGCGGGCCCACCGAGACCGAGGGCUCGCCGUGGCUCCGCUCGUCCACGUCGCCCGUGACCACGCCGUCCGACGAGGCGCUGGACCUCGUCACCCCGCCCCCAGCCACCCCGGAACCCCACCACACCAAGGUCCUCGUGGUCGAGGACAAUGUCAUCAACCGCAAAAUCCUCGUCAAAAUCCUGUCGGCCGCCCUGCCCGUCCUCGAGAUCCUCGAAGCCGAAGACGGUCUCGAGGCCGUCUCGCGUUUCCGCGAAUUCACGCUGCCCGUCAUUGUCCUGCUCGACAUCAACAUGCCACGCAUGGACGGGUACGCUGCCGCGCAGGAGAUGCGGCUGAUUGAGAAACGCCGCGCGGCAGCGCUGUCCGGGUCGCCAGACGACGGGACCGUCAGCCCCAUGGCCCGCAGCAAGAUCAUCGCCGUCACGGCCCUCGCGGGCGAGGACGAGCGCCGCAGGGGCCUCGUAGAGUGCGGGUUUGAUACCUGGCUCACGAAACCGUGUCCCAAGAUGACCCUGCAGCGCGUCGUGGACGAGGCGCUCAAGGAACUCGACGGGUGGCGGUAG